UCUGCUUGCCCGAGGCGCUGCUGGUCCCGUGCGCCCAGGGCCGUCGCCUCCCCGGCGCUAAGCGAGGAAUGAGCAGGCGCCUGCCCAGGCUCUGGGACUAAAGGGCCGCGGCUCGGCUCCUUCCCCCCGUCGCGGAGCCCCUGGAGCUUGGUCACUGCGGCCGGGCGCGACGGGGUCGGCGACGGCCUCGCUCCGGAGCAGACGCCGGGGUUAACUGAACUGGCGGCGGAGAGGAGGAGGAGCCGGGCGGGGGCGGCCGCCGCUCCUCCCCUCCCCCCCACGCGCCGGGGCUUUUCAGUGGCCGGCGGAGGAGGAAGUUCCGCUCCCCGACAGAGCCGUGCGGUAGCAACAGCGGCGGCGGCGGCGGCUGGGAGGGCUCAGGCAUUUUGGACCCGAUUGCCCGUAGCGCCUGCCGUCGAGGGAGGGGGGCAUCAGCGUCCCCCCCCCUGCGCCGAGCCUGCGAGGCAGUGUCGGGAGGUGCCGGCGUCCCAGAAGACCUUCCUGCCACUUCAACCAGCGCCGCGGCUUCGGCUUCUCAGCGAGGUGGCAGACCUUUCUUCGUAUUCGCAGACUUCUGAGGAGACCCUUAUUUUUUUUGCACCAAGGUUAAGGAAUUCCGGAAUAGAAGCGCCAGUGGAGGUUUAGUGAAUCGUCUGUAACUCUGGGAUCACGUAAGGCCCCCCGUUUGGGGCGGGAGACGACAUUUGAGCAUCUCAUUGGAGAGCAGGAAUGGCAGAAGCCACCUUACAUCUUUUCUGCAGUGUUGCUUGCCUGAUGGACCCCUAGGAAUGAAGAGGUGACUAGUGAUAACCCGACGAGGUACUGAAAGGCGAUGGCAAAGAAAAUCCCGCCGGACACACACUAGUGGACGUCUGGGGGGAGAGGGGGGGUCACACAAGUUUUUGAAUGUAAGUGGACGAGCUGUCUUAAAAAGCACAACAAUCCCUUAAGCAUUGAGUUUGCCUUUUUUUUUUGGCCAAGAUUUUGAAGAUUGUGUUCAAUGUAUUGUUGGUUUGAUAUAAGAUGAGAACUUUAUGAAGUGUUCUAGCCAGGAGUGGAACAAUGACUACCCCCGCACUGCUGCCCCUGUCUGGGCGGAGGAUCCCGCCUCUGAACCUGGGGCCGCCCUCCUUCCCACAUCACAGGGCUACCUUGAGACUGUCCGAGAAGUUUAUCCUUCUCCUUAUUCUCAGUGCCUUCAUCACCCUGUGUUUUGGGGCAUUCUUCUUCCUUCCAGACUCUUCAAAACACAAACGCUUUGAUCUGGGCUUGGAAGACGUGUUAAUUCCUCAUGUAGAGGCCGGCAAAGGAGCUAAAAACCCCGGGGUCUUCCUGAUCCAUGGACCCGAUGAACAUAGACACAGGGAAGAAGAAGAACGUCUGAGAAAUAAAAUCCGAGCUGAUCAUGAGAAAGCCUUAGAAGAAGCAAAAGAAAAAUUAAAGAAGUCAAGAGAAGAAAUCCGAGCAGAAAUUCAGACAGAGAAAAAUAAGGUAGUCCAAGAAAUGAAGACGAAAGAAAACAAGCCACUGCCACCAGUCCCUAUACCCAACCUGGUAGGAAUAAAUGGUGGAGACCCAGAAGAUAAUGACAUAAGAAAGAAAAGGGAAAAAAUUAAAGAGAUGAUGAAACAUGCCUGGGAUAAUUAUAGGAUAUAUGGAUGGGGACAUAAUGAACUCAGACCUAUUGCAAGGAAAGGACACUCUACUAACAUAUUUGGAAGUUCACAAAUGGGUGCUACUAUAGUAGAUGCUUUGGAUACCCUUUAUAUCAUGGGACUUCAUGAUGAAUUCCAAGAUGGGAAAAAAUGGGUUGAAGACAACCUUGAUUUCAGUGUGAAUUCAGAAGUGUCUGUGUUUGAAGUCAACAUUCGAUUUAUUGGAGGCCUCCUUGCAGCAUAUUACCUUUCAGGAGAGGAGAUAUUCAAGAUCAAAGCAGUGCAAUUGGCUGAGAAACUCCUUCCUGCUUUUAACACACCUACUGGGAUUCCCUGGGCAAUGGUCAAUCUGAAAAGUGGAGUAGGGCGAAACUGGGGCUGGGCAUCUGCAGGCAGCAGCAUUCUGGCUGAAUUUGGUACCCUACAUAUGGAGUUUGUCCACCUCAGCUACUUGACAGGGGACCCGGUUUACUUCAAAAAGGUCAUGCACAUUCGGAAACUACUUAAGAAAAUGGAUCGUCCAAAUGGUCUUUAUCCAAAUUAUUUGAACCCAAGAACAGGGCGCUGGGGUCAGUAUCAUACAUCAGUUGGUGGACUGGGAGACAGUUUUUAUGAAUACUUACUGAAAGCAUGGUUAAUGUCAGAUAAAACAGACCAUGAGGCAAGAAAAAUGUAUGAUGAUGCUGUUGAGGCUAUAGAAAAGCAUCUUAUUAAGAAGUCCCGUGGAGGUCUUGUCUUUAUUGGAGAAUGGAAGAAUGGGCACUUAGAAAAGAAGAUGGGGCAUUUAGCCUGCUUUGCUGGGGGAAUGUUUGCACUAGGAGCAGAUGGUUCCAGAAUGGAUAAAGCUGGUCAUUAUUUAGAACUUGGAGCGGAAAUUGCACGUACAUGUCAUGAGUCAUAUGAUAGAACUGCAUUAAAGCUGGGUCCUGAAUCGUUUAAGUUUGAUGGUGCAGUAGAGGCUGUGGCAGUCCGGCAGGCUGAGAAGUAUUACAUCCUCCGUCCAGAAGUCAUUGAAACCUACUGGUACCUAUGGCGAUUUACUCAUGAUCCAAGAUACAGACAGUGGGGCUGGGAGGCAGCACUGGCUAUUGAAAAGUAUUGCCGAGUGAGCGGUGGAUUUUCUGGGGUCAAGGAUGUAUACUCCUCUACUCCUACACAUGACGAUGUCCAGCAGAGCUUCUUUCUUGCUGAAACAUUGAAAUAUUUGUAUCUGCUGUUUUCUGGUGAUGACCUUUUACCUUUAGACCACUGGGUGUUUAAUACAGAGGCUCACCCUCUGCCUGUGUUACAUUUAGCCAACACUACGCUUUCAGGAAAUCCUGCAGUUCGAUGAAGGCAGCUCCAGAAGGACCGUUCUCACUUGUUUUGUUUACAUGGACCACUACAGAAAUACGCUGGAGAGGGCACUUUUGAAAACCUGGACCUCUUAAGUCAACUUGGCACAGUGAAAAGUGACUCUUCCCCGUAAGACUUUUCAACUUGUAGAUACAUCAGCUUUGAGAUUAUUCCAUUUUAUACCUGACCAAAACAUGUUCCGGUACGUGUAGGACAGGGACCUGAUAUGCUUUGAUUCUUAAUGUGAUGAUGGUCACGUGAGAGAUGAUUAUUACUCCCUGGUUUGUAGAGUCCUGGAGUCUGGAGGCCAGACUUCUAAGAACAAGCCAGGAAUAUGGAGCACCUUGCAGGAGUUGGAGAUGGCCUUUGGAACAAAUUAUAUGUUUGUUUUCUCCCACAUGGAGCAGCUUUCAAAUCAAAUAUUUACACAUUGUUUAAUCCCUUUCUCCUCUGUUUUAGUAAUGGAAUAAGGCAAACAAGAACAGUAUAACUGCAUCAGCAGCAAGAAGAGUUUAAAAAGAAACAGAAGUACCUAUCCCUGUCUCAUUUUCAGAUUCCCCACUGGAUGACCAAACUGGCAGCCGUUUCAAAUCCCAAUCUAUUUCAUUAAAAUUUCUUGGUUAGAUUUAAGUUUCUCUGGGAGCAUGAUCUCACAAAGAGUACUGCUCAAGUUCUUGUCUUCAUAUGGAAUCAUGAAAAGUGCUUUUUAUCAUAACCACUAUUUAUGAACUUGCGUUUGGGAUUUUGUGCAUGUCGUUCAGUCUAGCGUUGGUAGCAUGACAAAAAGUGGGGAAAAUGCCAUAGUCUGUUGCCUUGAAACCUAUACUAAGAGAAAGCCUUGGUUUUGUUGGUAGGAGAUUAUUUUUUCCAAACCAACAAAUCUACCAAGCAAAUUUUAUCCACUUUAACCUUAUUAUAAAUUUAGUACAGUUACUCAACUUACAACUUUAUUUAUGUGGCUUGGCAAAACGUGCUGUACGAUUUUGUGGCUCUGGAUUUGCCUUGAUGAGCCAAAUUACUAUUACAAAUUAUUAAGUCUGGAAUGGGGAUAGGGUAUCCUUUAUUUAUUAUCUCAUCAGAUGAGUGAGCUUUUCAAAAAUAUUAUCUGUAAAAAAUAAAUAUAACUUUUAUAUUCUCUGAGGAUAUUGAUUAUUCCAAAGAAUUAAUCAGAAACUUUCAAAAUAAUCUUCAGUGAUAAAAGUGCAGUGCAAUUAAUCAUGUUAAAUGUAAUUUGGGAUAUAUCUAAGGAACUUGCCCUUACCAUCGGUAGGUUUUGCAGUGAUAUUUCUUUUAAAGGAAUUUUCUAGUUCUUUAUAUUUGGGGUGGGGGGAAGAACUUAAAUUUUCAAGAACUAUAAUAUAAAUAUCUAAUGCUUAUAAAUUUUCUGUCACAGCAUAGGACACUUAUUUUCUCCUUUCAGUUAAUGCAAACAGCAGCCGUUGACAUUAAUAAAAGUUGGGAACGUAUAAUUAAUCUAAUAUUUACUCUGAAUUUCAAGACUUUAUGAGACAAUAUUUAUGCAAGUAGCCGACCUUGGAAUUCUGAAGUCUUUUUUCCUUAUUUUGAUAGCUUUUCUUUUUAAUCCUCUAUUAGCAUGUAGUAGAUUUAAAUUGGGAUUGGGGAAAGAUUUAAUAAGUUAACAUAAUUAAGUGUUUUCUGAGGUUGAUCAUCUUAUACUACAAAUAGUGAAACAAUCCACACAAUUCAAUAAAUGAUCCAUAAAUGAUAGCCACCCCGAACUUUUUCAGUAUAUAUAGAAAAUAAGAGUGUAUAGCCAGUUGCAUUCUUUAUGUCAUUAAGUUAAAUUUUAGCACAUAUUUUGAAAUUGUGAUAUCUUUUACUACUUGAAAAAAUAAACUUUUUAAAUGAGAAGGGUAGAGUGCUUCAAUAUGACUUCAGAAGAAAAAGGGAAAGUGUUUGGGUCUCCCCAAAAAGUUAACCUUCCUCCUGGAAAUAGCACAAGCCCACUUAUGAGUCAUUGAAGAAAAGUGAAAAACUCAUCUGCCAAAGGCCCAGAGCACCUGUGCUAAUGGCAGUCAACUGUCCCUCACUUUGCUUUAGGAGAAUGCAGAGUCUAAGGGCCUUCAUGUUCCCCAGGAACUUCUCACGUGAUGAGGAGACGGAACCUCCCAUUCCCAACUACUCUGUAUUUGGAUAACUGGAGCUUAAGAGAAGGCAAGAAGUGUCCAAGCAGGACCAAUUCUGGUACAAGCAAAGAAUUUGAGGACAGAGAAAGGGUUUUCGUCACUACCCCCCUACCUUCCUUGUGAUGAUAAGACUAGAGCUCAUAACAAUGCUUCUAUUUUUUCUUCUCUGAAUACCAAAGGCAAUUAAGGUCAGCUACAAAUGACUUGCCAGUGUUAUGUUUAUUUUUGUGAUAUUUUUAAAUUAUUUCCUCCAAACUCAAUCCUUAUCCUGUAUUCUGCUUAGUUUCUAAGAAGUGAUUUUUUAUUUCCUUCUUUUCUUUACAGGCCUUUGCAUUUACAGACCUUAUUACUCAGGAUAAAUACUUAGUGAAUUUCUAAGACCUUUUGCAAAGAGCCCAGAAAUGCUCCCUCCCAGGUGCCUCUUCAGAGAGCUGACACAUCACCUUAUGCCUUUGGCACAAAUGUGCAGAGCAGAUCAGUUGGAACAUAAAAAGAAAGAAAGAAAAAACCCUCUACCUUCUACAUUUAUUUCUCUUCAUUUUAGAGACACGUUUUUGGUCCAACCCUGAUUUUUUUGUUACUAUAAUUAUCACUCAACCAGUUGUUAAAACCAAGAGAAUGCAGCCCUAACCAAAAAGAAGUCUUAGUACAGAGAAUAAGGCCCUGGUCAGGGGGUUCUUACUUUCUGGUGGGUUGCAUGUGUAUGUUCUGUUUCUCUAACAUGAACUUAUUCCUGUCUUUAAGCAGGUGUUUAUAUGUAAAACUAAAACCUGGGUAUUGAAGGAAUGUGUCCUUUUUGUGGACUGUUGGCCUGGAAUCUUUAUGAUGUCAUCUAGGGCAGCCCAGGGCUUCACUUGGUAGAUUUUACCUACGCAGCAUGAAAUUUUGGCCAUCAACCUCGCAUCUUCUCCACUCUCCAUUGCCAAAGUCUUUGUCAAAACAAUGUGUUUGUUGGUAAAAGAUUAUGCUUGCCAUCCUCAUUUUGUAGUUUCUCCUGAAGCCUGGAUUUCUUUGAAUGAGUGCAUGAGAGAAUGAGUGAACAAACACGAAGUACCUAAUACGUGUCAAGCAUUGUGCUCGGCACUUUCAAGCAUUAGAUAGAACAUUUUAUGUGAUUCCAAUGGCAUUUUCUAUACAAGAGUAAUUCAUACCAUUUGCAAUGUUUUCCAGUGUGAAUCAUGUUACAAAAUCCUUGAUUUUAUAUUUCAUUAAAGAGGAAAAGGUUUAUAAUAUAUUUUAAUCAAUGUGUUACUGUAUAAUACUAACAACUAUAAUUGUAGUUAAUAACUAAAAUCUCUUGGGAAAUGUCAAAGAAAUAGUUGAUUUCUGAAGCAACUUGGACUAAAAUAUUUACUUUAGAAAUAAAGCAUUCUUAUUUUGCUAUAUCACUUUACAUAAUUAAAAAUUAAUGUUUUAUAGAAAUGCUCGUUAUUUUAUAUUAAAAAAUUUUUGUCACAAUUCACAAGUAACAACUUGCAGUUGUAAAUUGUUUUUGCUCUGGUAUGGGUCCUAUAAUAGUCUCAUGCUUUUAAAUAUAAAGAAAAAUAUACUAAAAUAUUUCUAAGUUCUAAAUAAUAGUCCCUAGUGUCUGGUUUUUUAGUACAGUAUUUUUGAGUUCUUAUUUUUCUUGAUGUUUUCUUGACCUCAAAUUAGCUAGCUCCUGUCUUUAUCCACACUUUACAUAAAUAUCUACAUAAAUACAACUAUAUGCAGAGAGAUUUCUAAUACUGUCUGUGUUUUAAGUUAGUUACUGGUUUGGCUGCACAUAUUCUAAGCAGAAUAUUUGAGUUACCAAAUACAAUAUGGAGAUAUUUUAGUGUACUUAUUCUGGUUCAAAAACAUUGGAGAAGAUGAUCUUCUGUUACCUCAGUUCAUUGACAUCAUGAUGGAAAUGUUCUUUUUGAUAUACGGGUCAGCAAACUUUUCUGUAAAGGACCAGAUAAUAGAUAUUUUAGGCUUUGCAGCCCAUAUGGUCUACAUUUCUACUAAAUUCUGCUGUUGAAACAUGAAAGCAGCCAUAAACAAUAUGUUAAUGAGUAGACAUAACUUUUCCAAUAAAACUUUAUUUACAAAAACAGAUUGCUGGAUUUGGCUUGAGGGCCGCAGUUUGCUAAGCCUGCUGACCCCUGAUGACAAGCUUAAUUUGUGUUAAGCCCCUGCAAUCUUUGUUCUGUAUCAUUUCUUUAUGUUUUGAUUUACAUAAUUCAUUUUUAAAGGUGUUUGAAUUCAUUCUAUAAGGUGUAUAUGUGCAGUUAUAUGUAUUUGUGUAACCUAAAGCUAUAUAUUUGUUGUCUUGAAAACAGAUAAACUCCUCUAGAGUCUGUUUAAGUUUCAGGGUGAUCUGGCUAUAAUGAAAGAAGCAAAAUUUUUGUUCUUGGGGUACGCUAUCAGCCAGUGUCUUUGCCUUGCUUAUUAUUUAAUGCCACAAUUCCAGAGUCCCCAUGCAAAAGGAAGGGUUUUUAUGGGGUCAAAAUAUUGUAUACUUUUCAAGCUCUGCCUACUCAUUGAAGUUAGAGCAGGACUCUGGAUUUCUGGAGCUGCAGAAAUGCCUCAAAUCGGGUACACUUAGAGCCCUACAGCAAGAACAUGAUAGAAUUUCUAACUUUUGUGCUAUACAAACCAUUGUUUUGAAAAUAUUUAGGCAACAGGAAAUUGGUUUUGUGCCUCAUUUGCCAUUUGGUAGCCACUGUUACUUUUUUAGACUGCAGAAGGCAGCCUAAACCUGAGGAGGACAGAGAAAAGAUGUAUCCAAAGGAGAGCUCCCUUUGCCUUUUCUUGCAUAGCUCUCCUCUGCACCUUUACAAGUCAGUGGCGUUAUUUCAGAAUGCCAGUGUGCAUCAUUUUUUUUUAAUAAAACAUCCUUCAACCUCAAGCUUAUACUUCCACUGUUUAACAACUAAUCCAUUUAAAACUUGCUUUGAGCUCAGCAAUUGCAGAACUCAUAAAAUUACAUGACACCAUAUUACUCGUAUAUACAUUGCAAUGCACCAAUCAUUCUGAGAGAGAAUAGAUUUUCGCCAAGAAAUUCAUCAAUUAUUUCACCAUUUUUGGAAAUGCUAGAGGAAGGGAAAGCCUGUAUUCAGAGUGGUAGAGGAAGCAGAGAUUUUCUCUCUUCUACAUUGUAAAUGGACUGCCUUUCUAGGUCCUAGGGGUUUCCCUCCACGUUAUUAUACAGGUCCUUUCAACUCAGUGUGAACAUGGUGUUAGUACACAAAUACAUAUACCUACACACAUAACACAUUAAUAUACAGAGGGUUCUGAGCAAUUGCAAUUGCCUUGCAGCUAUCUGAAUGCUACCAAAUUCUACUGCAAAUUGCAUACCAGAAAAAUCCAUGAGGAUAAUCUCAGCUCUUCAUUAGGAAAAAGAUUUUUUAGAAAAUUAAGGAAUUAGUUUUUGCUGGAUUAAUUAAAUAAAAUAUCCCCAAUUUUAAUUAUUGGAUUUGGACGUUGAAGUGCCAUUCUGUAAUCUCACUGGUCUCAAAUUCGCUGAUAUAAUUUUACCCUAAACUAAUUAAUAAAUGGGUAAGUAUAGCUUCCUAAAUCAGAUACCCACUGGCCACACCUGAAAUGGUUUCCAGUCAUGUCCUCCAUAAGUAAUUUUUACAAAUUAAAGGUAAUAUUGUAUAUUAUAGAUCAAAUAAAGAUGUUGUUUAAGUGAAAAAUGUUUGUUUAUCCUUCUUUUCUACCCAUAGACAACUAAAUCUUGCUAUUUAGAGUACAGCAGCUUUGGCUUCUGGUUGUCUUCAGUCUCCCACGUUUAGAGAGUAUUCUUUGAUUUAGCUAAUCCUUGUGUUUCUUAAUGUUAUAGAAAGAUUAAGAAUAACUUGCCUAAAGGGUUUUUUUUUUUAUUCCAACUGAUUUUAAGAGAACAAACUAUAGACCUAUGUAACAACCUUAUAGUAUUACUGUGCCUGUUGUCUCUUAGACCUAGUCUAGUCCAGCUUCUGAAAUCGUCAAGCUCAGAUUGCCUCAGUCACUGGACCUCAUUCUGUCACAUUAAAAUCUGACCUGAGUCUGCUUAAAUGAUUCUUGUGCAGAAAUAGGCCUAAGGGACUUGAGGACUAGGAUCAGCUGGACUGAAAAUAGUGAUUUAAUUUAUUAUUGAUGUUGUAAAAGCACAGGCUAUUUAUAAUCCUGUACCUACAGAGCCAUCACAUAAGGUAGUGGUGAAACCUGAAAUAACAGCCAAUUUUGCAUUCUUGAGGUCUAAUUCUUCCUGGCACAGUGGGUCUCAACUUAAUCAAAAUUUUAGACUAACUGCAUUGUGGAUUAUCAAAAUUUAUUGUGGACUUUUUUUUUUUUUGUCAGGAACACCUAAAACAGGAUGAGGUGAAGUUAAAAGAAAAAGGAACUCUGGGUGAUUAUAAUUUUGUAAAACCUGGGCUUCUUCCAUUUGGCCAGAUACUGAAAUUUUUAUCAUUUCCUUUGGGUUACGAAGAAACUGUCAACAUGCAAAUAGCAUUCCCAUUAAGAUUAUAGGAAUGGAUCAUGAGUGAGCCUGCACCUUACAUGUUGGUUGACUUUAGACAAAUUUCUUAAACCCACCAAAUCUCAAUUUUCUUGUCAUAAAAUAGAGAUAGAAUCUUUAGAAGAAUUAAAUGAGGAAAAUCUAUGUACCUGGCCCAAAAUAAGCUCACAAUCUUAGUUGUUAGUGAUUUUCAUUACCAGGAGAUUGGAGUAAUCGUUGCUAAAGGAAUAGAAAAAAAUAUGGAAAGGGCAGUUGAAACGGCAAUAAAGAGCCAAGAAAAUCAUCUAGUCCUCAUUUUACACACAAGGAAACUGAAACCCAAAAGGGGUAAAACAAAGGGAUUAGAUGAUCUUUAAGAUGGUUUUCCUGGUUUAUCAUUCAUGAUUCUGUGAACUAAGUCUGGUGCAGUUUUUGUGUCAUAAAAAGUUUAAUGACAUACAAAUAUAUUCAUAAUGCAUAUGAACCAAGCAGUUUAAAACGUCCACAGAAGUUACUUUUUGUUACAACACGUACACGGCAAAAAUGUGCACUAAAAGUUAACCAGUUAUCUCUGUGUGGUAAGGACGUAAGUGAAUUUUUUGCUGUUUGCUUGUUUAAAUAGCACUUUAUUAAGGCAUGCUUUACGUAAGAGAAUUUUCCGAUUGUAAGCGUACAACUCAAUGAUACUUGUAAGCUGAUAGAAUUGUACAACCAUUCCACAAUCCAGUUUUAUUCAUCACCCCAAAAAGAUGCCUAUUUGCAGCCAAUCUCCAUUUCCAUCCAAGCCCCAGGCAACCACUGAUCUCUUCUGUCUCUUGAUUUGUAUGAUAAAUGGAAUCACACAAUAUGUUGUCUUUUUUAUCUGGUGUCUUUCACUUAGCUUAAUGUCUUCGAGGUUCAUCCAUGCUGAAGCAAAUAUCAAAAGUUUGUUCCUUUUUAUUCCUGAAAAUAUUUCAUUGUAUGGCUAUACCGCGUUUGGUUUAUCCAUUCACCAGCUGAUAGAUAUUUGUAUCAUUUCUACUUUUUGGCAAUAUGAACAAUGCUCCUCUGAACAUUUGUAUACAAAUGUUUCCAUUUUUCUUGGGUACAUGCCUAGGAAUGGAAUUGCUGGGUCAUAUGGUAAAUUUAUGUAUAACUUUUUAAGAAACCACCAUACUGUUUUCCAAAGUGACUGUGCUAUUUUACAUUCCCACAAGCAAUGUAUGAGGGUACCAGUUUUUCCACAUCCUCACCAACACUUUUUAUUGUCUUUUUCUAUUAUAACUAUUUUGUGUGUAUGGAGUUGUAUCUCAUGAGUUUUCUGAGUUUCCCUAAUGACUAAUCAUGUUGAACAUCACUGCUUAUUGGGCAUUCAUGAUUUUGGUAAAAUAUCUAUUCAAAUAUUUUUCUCAUUAUUAAAAUAGGAUUGUUUGUCUUAUUGCAUUGAAAGAGUUUGUUAAUAUUCUGGUUUUAUUUUCUCUAAGAUGGUGGUUUGUCCUCAUUUUUUUAAUGGCAUAUUUUGAAGCACAAAAGAUUUCAAUUUUGAACAGGUCUGUUUAUCAAUGUCUUCUUUUACAAAUUGUGCCUUUUUUGCCUAAUACAAGGUCACAAAGAUUUUAGACCUAUGGUUUCUUCUAGACAUUUUAUAGUUUUAGCUGUUGCAUUUAGGUCUAUGAUCCAUUUUGCAUUAAUUUAUUGUGUAUGGAAGGAUCUAAAGUCAUCUUUGCACGUGGAUGUCCAAUCAUCCAGUACUAUUUAUUGAAAGAAACUAUUUUUUCUAUUAAAUUGCCUUAGCACCUUUGUCAGGUAUCAAUUGACCAUAAAUGUAAUGUUUUAUUUCUAGAACUUUAGUUUUGUUCCAUUGAUCUAUGUCUUUUCUUACUCCUGUGCCCCACUCCAAUACCAAAGAACCCAUAAGAUACACAGAAUGAAUGUUAUCUAGGAACAAUUUAAGCGACUCUCCGGGAAUAUUUUUUUUUAAUUAUUCUCAUAGUUAUUAUCAAAACUUUGGAUGAGCCCAAAAUUAAUUAUCUUAGGCAUGGUAUUUUGAAACAGUUCAGAGUAAGAAUCCAUAAAUUUAUGCCACCAGAGGGCAAUAAUCUCUUUUAAAGAAAAAAAGUGUUUUCAGCUGGUUGAAGCCUGGGAGAUUAGAGAUGCAGUGAAGCCCCUUGCUUACAUUUUUCAAUAUACCCUGAUGGUGAAUAAUAGGAGUGAUGCAACAGCUUUGGAAGCUCAAGAAAACCUGCUGCACUGAGGAUAUGCCGGGACCUACAGCAACCUCUGCCUGCCCUGGGCUCGUGCCCUGCUGAAACCAACUCAAUGAUGAAAUGUUUUCCAAACAGAAGACAGAUAUUGCCUGAAAAGGACUCCCAUUUCCUUCAAAAUGAUGUGAACUUGACUAUUAACCAAAAGGCUGGCGGCUCAAACCCACCCAGUGGCUCUGCAGAAGAAAACCCUGGUGAUCUGCUUCCAUAAAUGCUGCAGCCCAGAAAAUCCUGGGGGGUAGUUCUAGCCUUCAACACAUGGGGUCGCCAUGAGUCCGAGGCAACUGGAUGGCAACGGGUUUUUCCUUCAAAACAUGACUGUUCUGCCUUUAAAGGUUUUGUGCUAAUAGGUAAGAGUUGUUAGAAGAUGAAAAAAAAUUUUUUUCAAAGCGGAAGACAGCUUAGGAGAAUUCUAAUUUGAACCCUGCAAAUGAUUUUAGCUCACAGAGUAAAUAUGUGCAU